UUGUUGUCGUAACGACACGAUACAAUUGCUCUUGCGCGCUUAAAUGGACGUGUUUCCGCUGCUUCCAACGGGGGCGAGCCACUCCUAUAUGGCCUUCCUUCAGAUUCGGCACGUUUGCGAGCGGGCUUCAAAGUGCAAAUUGACCUUCGGACCAAGACACAAGACACAAAGCAAAAAGAACGUCGCCGACUACCUCGUUCGACCCGAGCAGCAUCACCAGCAUCACCAGCAGCCAUGUGCAUCAAGCAUGUCCAGUUCUACGAAUGCCCCUCCGAGCCCAUCAAGAACCCGCCCGGCCAGAACCCACCCAAGAAGCACCGCGUCAGGGCCAACAUCCUCUGCUCUCAAGUGUUCCCGUGCCCGGCGCCGCAGUGGGAGAAGCGCCUGAGCCGGUACGCCUUCAUGUGCCCGGCCUGCUCGGGCGAGUCCCCCGCCGUGCCGCGAUACACGCCCGUCAGCGACGAGUGGACGCGUGACGAGCUGCAGGACGAGGCCUGGGUCCAGGGCUACCUGUCCGAGUACUGCCACGCCGUCCUGCUCUGGGUCCGGGGCCGGUGGGGCGCGGGCGACGACGACGCGGCGGUGGCGGCGGAGGCGGCCGAGUCGUGGCUCAGCGCCUUCUUCAUGGAGCGCCGGUGCAAGGAGAACGACCACCGGGUCGGGGAGUGCCGGUGCGAGGCCAACGGGCCGCUAGCCUACUUCUACAACCCGACCACGGCAGCCCGCCGUCACCUGACGGACCUGGCGGCGGACAAGCUCGAGGGGGACCCGCGCGUGCGGAGCCCAGCGAUGCAGACCGUCCUGGCCAACCGCCACAUGGCCCUCUCGGCCGUGUGCCGCGAGCGCAACCUCUACUUCAAGGACGGCAUUUCGCGGCAGCCCUUCUUCUCGGAGAGGACCAUCGGGCGGCGGCGCAGGAUCCUCCAGAAGAGCCUGGGCGACGCCGCCAAGAUGGCAGACAGGCUGAUGCUGGAGAACGCCGAGAAUGCCGAGGCCGCCGAGGAAGCGGCGGCGGCGGCGGCAGCAGGAGGCGGCGGAUGGACGGCGGCACACACGCUGGAAACGGCGCGGGUGUCGAGGCGCGCCAGCCUCGUCAAGUUCAUGGGGGAGGUCUUGCUGUACGACAACGGCAUCUCCAACGGGCGCUUCAGCCUCGCCGUGUCAUGGCUCGCGCACGUCAUCCAGGUGCCGGCGUGGCGGACGGCGUCUCGGGUCGAGGGCCUGGAGAAGCUGGCGCGGGUGGCCAGCGGGAUGGACCAGGUGUCGAUGACCAGCCAGCCCUUCACGUGCCUCGUGCAGCUCGUGCAAAAGUACUACUUCGACAGGCGGGCGGAGUGGAAGGUGCAGGUGAUGAAGUACAAGGCGCGGCGGGGCGUGUUCGAUAGGGUGACGGCGCCCAUCGACCCGUGGAGGGAGCUGGAGGACGAGGAAGGCUGGAGGAGCUGCAGAAUCUGCAAGGGGGGGUUCUACGUGUCGCCUGCCAACAUGACGGAGCGGUCGCACCCGGGGGUCGAUAUGGGGGACUAUGGGGAGCCGGCGUGGCAGAUGAAGGGUUGCUGGUGCAUCUUCGGACGGCGCUGCCUGUUCGAGUGGAUCACGGACACGAGCACGGAGGCCAAGGAGCCGGAGUGUCCCGGGUGCGGCAUGCAGUUUCCGUUUCUGGAGUACCAGCUGGUGGAGGCCAGCACGGGGUAUUCGAUCCGGAACGAUCCUCCGGGAGACCUGUAGCUCGGGGAAGAGGAGCCUUGCGAGGGCUGGUCUCUCUCGAGUGAGACACAGGAGAAGUGGCAGGUUUGGAACCAAGGAGUGUGGGAUGUUUGAGUUUGUAGGCUAGCAAUUGUUGUACAAAUGUGCUCCACGACGACUUGUCGUGCAGGCGGGCUUGUAAGCAUGCCGACUCUUGGUUGGGUUCAACGAAGCGCUUGUGAGAAUAAACAGGUUCGUUCUGGGC